UUGCAAAUUGCAAUAUGGAUAGUCAUUACAUCUUUGAACACUAAAGUUUGGAUAUUUUGGUUUGGAUGGCCAAUAUAUCUUUGGACGCUAGAGUUCGGACACUGCAAUUUGAAUAGCCAUUAUAUCUUUGGACACUGCCUGUGUAUAGUCAUUUAGAAUUACAUCAUAUGGAGGUGUUAAGAGAGGACAAGCUUGAGUGAUAACACCUUUGGGGAGACACACUCUCUCACUCACUCACUAACUCACCCAUCCACUGAAGAUACAUUCUUUCAUACAGUGCACCUUCCCUCCUACCAGGACUCAUAAGCCGAAUAGAAUGGCACCGUGAAGGCUAUGGCUUCUCUGACUGAAGACAAACCGUCCAUUCGGGCUACAUUCGUUAGCGCCUAUUCUUAUCUUCCACAAGAUCCUUUGCUCUAAAAGAGGAUUCCUACAACCGAUCUGUGCUGCUUUUUGGAGAGGGACCACUGUAGCAGAAGUGCUGUGGUUUGAACAGUAAACAGUAAAAAUGGAGAAAUCUAUAAUGUUGUAGUAAAGAUGGACUGAUACAGGUGAUGGUAGAAGAUAGACGGUUCUAAUUCUGUGAUGCGUAAAGGCAUGGAUUUGUGACGUUGCAGCCAUGCUGUGUGGUUUACGGAGAGAAGGACGCAACAACAGCGAUAAGCAAACAGACUGUCUUCCUUUGGCUGGUUUGGGACUUCGGACCAACUAUAAUGAUGACGGCCCGUAUUCUAAAGGGAGUAAGGAGUCUGCAGUGAGUGACAGCAGUGUGGGCUCAAAGAGACGCAGCAUUGCAGAUGAGUACAGAGGCCUGACCACAGUGGAGCUGAUAAAGAGAGAGGGAUGCAGUCUCGGCCUCACCAUCUCCGGAGGCUCCGACAAAGACGGCAAGCCCAGAGUGUCAAACUUAAGACCAGGAGGGCUGGCAGCCAGGAGUGACCAGUUGAACGUGGGUGACUACAUAAAGUCUGUGAACGGCAUCAACCUGUCCAAACUGCGGCACGAUGAAAUCAUCAGCAUGCUGAAGAACAUCGGAGAGAGAGUGGUGCUGGAGGUGGAGUACGAACUGCCCCCGUUUGCUCCAAGCAAUCCAAGCAGUGUGAUCUCUAAGACCAUUGAGGUGUGUCUGGAGAAAGAGGGCAACAGUUUUGGCUUUGUUCUCCGAGGGGGGUUUCAUGAGGACUGGCAUAAGGCUCGUCCUCUAGUGGUGACCUACGUCAGGCCCGGUGGGCCUGCAGACAGAGAGGGGACUCUGCGUGUAGGUGACCGUGUGCUGAGUGUGAAUGGAAUGGCUCUGAACAGACAGAAACAUGCGGACGCUCUGACGCUGCUGAUGCAGAGCAGCCAGGAGGCUUAUUUCCUCAUCGAGUACGACAUCACUGUCAUGGACUCAGUGCAGCAGUCCUCAGGUCCUCUGCAGGUGGAGAUCGUGCGGACCGGCGGCUCUGUGCUGGGACUCAGCCUCACCACCUCCCUCUACAGGAACAAACACGUCAUUACAAUCCAGAAAAUCAAACCUGCCAGUGUAGCAGACAGGUGUGGUGCUCUGCAUGUGGGUGAUAUUCUCUUGGCUAUAGAUGGAAUGAGCACUGAACACUGUUCUUUAAUGGAAGCUCAGCAGCUGCUGGCCAACUCCACCGAGACCACCAAACUAGAGAUUCUGCCCUCACAACACAGCCUGCAUGACACCGUGCGUGUCCAGAGGAGUGGUCAGCGCCAGUGGGACUCCAGUGCGAACUACCUCAGUGCCCCCCCUCCGCCCCACCAUGGCAAAACCCCCCCAGCCUGGAACAACACCACCCCUACACACUCCCACUGCAGAUCGGUGGCGUCAGGCAGCUCGUCUCAGACGUCAGGUUUUCACAGUUACAACUGCGGCUCUGCGUAUCCUGCCACAUACCCCUGCAGCACGCUGCCCCCGUACCCCUCCAGCCCCCGCAGCACCACCACCAAGAGGAGGCACAGGAGAAACGACCACAAGAGCUCACUGUCUCUGUCCUCCAGUACAGUGGGUGUUGGUGGUCAGGUGGUUCACACAGAGGUCAGUGAGGUCAUACUGAGGGGUGACCCGCUCACUGGGUUUGGCCUGCAGCUGCAGGGUGGAGUGUUUGCUACAGAGCCGCUGUCCGCACCUGCCUGCAUACGCUUCAUAGAGCCAGACACUCCCGCAGAAAGGUGUGGAGUGCUGCAGGUUGGGGACAGAAUUCUAUCCAUCAAUGGAAUUCCAACUGAGGAUGGAACACUGGAAGAGGCCAAUCAGCUUCUCCGAGAUGCAGCUCUGGCCAAUAAGGUCACACUUGAAGUAGAGUUUGAUGUUGCAGAAUCAGUAAUCCCGAGCAGUGGUACGUUUCAAGUGAAGUUGCCAAAGAGGCGUGGGGUCGAGUUGGGCAUUACUAUCAGUGCAAGCAAGAAGCCAGGCAAGCCUCUGAUCAUCUCUGAGAUUAAGAGAGGCAGCAUUGCUCACAGAACAGGUACACUGGAGCCUGGUGACCGCUUGCUGGCCAUAGAUAAUGUGAAGCUGGAGCACUGUGGGAUGGAGGAGGCGAUGGCUGUGCUCCAGCAGGCCGAGGACAUGGUCAGACUGCGCAUUCAGAAGGACGAGGACAAUUUGGAUGAGCUGGAGUCGUCUGGCUCUGUGAUUUUCACUGUGGAGCUGAAGAGACAUGGUGGUCCUCUGGGAAUCACCAUCUCUGGCACUGAGGAACCUUUCAACCCCAUCCUCAUCUCCAGCCUCACUCGCAACGGUCUCGCACACAGGACUAGGGCUCUUCACAUUGGUGACCGUGUGCUGGCCAUUAACAACGUCAGUCUAAAGGGAAAGCCACUCAGUGAGGCCAUCCACCUGCUGCAGACCGCUGGAGACACGGUCACUCUAAAGAUCAAGAAACGAGCGGAGCCUGUUUUAGACUCAGACCAGGGCAGUCCUCUGAGGGCAGGGUCUUGUCUGAGUGAUACUGAAGAUGACCGCUCAGAUUCUCUCCGGCGCUGCAAGUAUUCGGGGCUUCGGCGCUUGACCACGCCCCCUAGCCUGGACUCAGCCAUGGACUCAUGGGAUAGUGCCGCCCUCGACGCCUGCUAUGGUAACCAAGGGCCAUACAUACAUAGAACAUCUGACCUGACCGUCCACCCUGACGAGUGGAGACGAACCAAUCAUAGGAGCCCCCUCUCCUCCAGGAGACACGCCCACCAUGCUGCCAUGUAUGAUGGGAGAUUAGGAGAGGACGACUGGAAAUACUGUGGAUCUGUUAGCCCCACACGUUGCCGUGGUGACACUGAAAAUCAGGAGAGCUAUUGGUCGCAAGCCCUGCAGGACCUGGAGACAUGCGGCCAAUCAGAAAUUCUCCGGGAGCUGGAGGCCACCAUGAUGUCCGGCAGCACGCUGAGUUUGGGGGAAGAGAGUGAAGCGUGUAACGACAGCGAGCUCAACCUCCGACGCCUAAAACAGGACUGUGAUAGCAGUGCUGUAACAGAGCUGAAGGACUCAAGCCCUACCAUGGCCUUAGAGCUACAUAAGAUCUGUCUGAAGAAGGAUGCAGACAGCAGGGAUUUUGGCUUUAGCGUCUCUGACGGUCUGCUGGAGAAGGGCGUCUAUGUGAACAUGAUCCGUCCUGACGGUCCUGCAGACCAGGCAGGUUUGCGACCAUAUGACCGCAUUCUACAGGUGAAUCAUGUGCGGACGCGGGAUUUCGACUGCUGUUUGGCCGUGCCGCUGAUGGCCGAGGCUGGAGAUCAGUUGCAGCUUGUCAUCAGCAGGAACCCCCUCAUACAGGCUCCUCUGUGGCCCCCUAAAGAUGUCCCGCAGCCCACAGACACGCUGACCACUCUGCCUGUUCGCAGCCCAAAAACAGCUGACCUCUGAUGCCUAAAUCAGCAUGCUGAGACAGUGCCACUGGGGGGCAGCAUUUUGCAGGAGGAAGGAUUCUCUCUCUCUUUUUCACAAACACGCACACGUACACACAGACACACGUACGCAGCCACGCAGCUGCUCGCACACAUCACCAAUAAUUUUAGCCACUAAAAUGUUGAUUUUUCAUAAAGGGACCAUUUGAAAUGGGUUCUUGACCACCAGAUCACCUUUUAGCACAUAUACAUACGAUAUAUGAUUUUUAUCUUCUCAAGUAUUUCUCCCCUCACAUAAGCCCCCAACAGCUUCACGCUGCACAAUUAACACGCAGUUAACACAACCCUGUACCGUAACACUGUUUCGUUCAAGGGUUCACUUUAAGCACUUUUUGUUUUUUUUGCCUUAUUUUCCUCACUGUUGUAGUUCCACACGCAUACAUUUAUUUUUUUUUAGUUUAUACUGUCCCAGAGAACACAUCACCACUGGUUGUAUAUGCAUAUGAGGUUCUAAAGCACAAACAGAGAGAGACAAGCAUCCACCACAAGUGCAGUGAUGAUGCAACUCGCUGGGGACCAACAGUACACAGUGACCAAUUUGGAAGAAGCAGAUUUUUGUUCCCUGAUGUUUUUUUUUUUUCCACAUUCUAAACCAGAAGUCUUCAACGCUGGACCUAGAAUCCAGUCUCUGAUCCUAGGUUUUGUAAUCACUAGUAGGUAUGACCCUAGAUGGCUAAUCAGUUCUCACACUUGUCCUCAAGGACCAUCACAAUGUCCAGGUUUUUGGCCCAACCCAACUUGCAACACAGGGAUAGAGCAAAAAUGUGGACUUCUGGGUUCCUGAGAAUGGUUUGAGAACCACUGACUGGCAUCAACAUUUCAAUUAACUGCUAGUGAUUACAAAAUCCAGGACCAGAAGCUGGAUUCGGAGUCUAGAUUUCAAGACCUCUGCAAAACAUUUUUGUGCAAAAAACUAAGCGUUUAACGUUUUAAGGUCUCAUUUGAAGCAGAAACUGCGCAGCUUUGGGUUGGUGUUCCUAAAUUGACAUGAUUUUCAGUAACAUCCCCCCUUUUGAUAUCGUAACCUACUUCAAAAAUAGGCUUAAUGUAUGCAUUGAAAACCGCUCAUGCGAGUGUGUGCUGUAAGGAACAUUGUCCAGACUGACAUGGAAGUGUGUAUUCCCAUGAGAACCCAAGGAUAUGAUCAGUUAUGAUAAUUUUAUUGCGAAAUCUGUGAUAUGAAGCCCCUGAUAAGGGUCAUGGUGGUUUUAACUGUACCUGUUUUAAAAGUGGGACGUCAAGUUUAAACCUAAUGAAUGAAUGUUUUACCCACAUUCCUCUGCUGUGUACGUCCCCUGUGUUUGUGUGCAGUGUUAUGUAAGUUAUUGAUUUUAGUCUUGGAAAUUGAGACAUUGUUUCCUUUUUUAAGAAAAUAAAGAAAGAAAAGCC